AUGGGAUUCCAUGUCGAACCUCUACAACAUGAACCGGGCAAGAAGGUUCACUUUGGUGCACAAGUGACCGGGCUCGACAUCAAUAAUAUUUCAGUGAAGGACCAAGAUGAGCUAGAUCCCGUCAAGCAAUGGGAACUGGUGACGAAGCUCGAUCCAGAGGCCGGACCUCAGAGCCCGGAGCUUUUCAUGGCCGAUUUUCACCCGCAUGGAGGCGGGAUCCUAGCAACGAGAGGCGUGACCGGCAUCCCGGCCGCCGAAAAUGUCCACGUCGUCGGCAAGGGCCUCGUGGGCGACCACUACGGCUUGAAGGAUCUCAACCUAAACAAGUCCUUCUCGUACGAGAACCACUUGCCGCCGCUCCCGCACGAGGAGCUCGAGAGGGGCCACACGCGUUUCCAGGGUUGGCACUUUGACGCGCCGCUCUACAGCCGAGACCCGCCGUGGUUCACGGCCUUCCACGUGGUGCAGUUGCCCGAGGGGCCCCCGGUCACAAUCCGGUGGGACGAUGGGUCUGGGCUGUCCAUGGAGUCCGCGCCGGGCCGCACGCCUUUCUUCUGCUGCUCGCAGCUCUACGAGGAGCUUCUCAACGAGCAGGAGAGACGAGUCGCGGACAACAGCUGGGUCGAGUACGCGGAGCUGCCGUACGAGUGGAAUCGGAACUGCAAGGUCCUCCCGACCGGACUCGGCCUCGUCAGCCAGGGCAAGGAACUGUCCGAUGCUGAGCUGAGAUCUAUCGGGACGGACACGGGGAAAAUACGGCGGUAUCCGAUGGUAUGGACCAACCCGGGAACAGGCCGGAGGUCUUUUCAGGUGCAGGCCAAUGCUGCUAAGAAGCUCUUCAUUCGCAAGGAUCCCGGGGAUGAGGUCAAGAUCGUUGACGACGUCGCAGAGGUUCGCCGGUUUCUGCUUGAUAUUCAAUCACGCAUACUGAGGCCGGAGUACAUCUUGGUACCGCCUGCGGAGGAGGGCGAUUUGCUCCUGUGGGAUAACUGUGCCACGAUGCACACUCGGGUGGACUAUCCUGCCAGUUACGGACCCAAAGCGUGUCAUCAAGCUGGGGUCAAUGCCAGUCGAGGUCCGAUGGGGCUUUUCACGAUUCCUGUGGUGUGA